AUGCUCAACCGUCGAGUGGCUACAAUAGCUGAGAGCAUUGGCACCAUAACACGGCAAGACAUAGUGCAGUGGCAGAAUACUACGGACACGGAAGGACGCUGGCCAGCUGACGAGAUUGACUACGCGGCGGGUUGUUCAGCUCGGCGGGCGAAUUGGCCCGCUCAAGCGCACUGGCAUAGGAUCCGAAACAUGUCAGCUCUGUGGCACCUUGAUCCCCUCUACAACGAAACUGGGACGCCAUUGACUUCGACAAUCUUACCGGCUAUGGAGUUCUGGUUCGACCGGGAUUACACAAACGAUCAUUGUCUGGACCAGGGAGGAAGACCGGAGUGUGCAUGCGAUACUCCUGGCUUAUGGAACACAAACUGGUACUCGAAUGUUAUUCUCAUACCACGUUUAGUUGUGGAAACUUGUCUGCUUAUGCAUCCCGUCCUCGAGACCGGGCAUAUGGAUGCUUGUCAACGCUUUGCAAGACGGUCAUACGACAGAUUCUAUGCAGUUCCACGACCAGGAUAUAUUUCGGGCGCUAAUACACCCGACAUAGCGAAGAUCGGUAUAGACUUGUCGCUCCUUUCAGCAAACGUGACCCUCAUGGAUGAAGCGUUUGGGCGUGUUCAUGAAGAAGUGUCCUUCAACCCGGCUGUGGGGGUGGAUGGCAUCAAGCCGGACGGUUCCUUCUCACAGCACGCUGGUCUGCUCUACAACGGAGGUUACGGGAAGGAUCUCAUCAACGUCUUACUCGAACUAGAGCACGCAGCUGCUGGGACGCGCUUUACUGCAGGACCAACUUCUCGGUUCGCCUUCGAGACACUCAUGGAUGGUAGUCUGUGGAUGAUCUUCCGGAACACCGUCACAGGGAAGCUACACUGGGAUCUUAGCGCGCUGUCGCGGUUCAUCUCCUUUCCAGUAGCAGACUUGCAGGCCACAAGUGGUCUAAAGAUCAACGUCACGCAGCUCUCGGUACUGGCGGGGACUUGGAACUCACUGCCCCUCAUCCGCGCCCACAAUCUGCUGACGGGUAACGGGACUGGCGCUAACAUCGGUGAUCUGCGCGGAAACCGCUACUUCUGGCACAAUGACUACAUGGUUCACCGCGGGCGCGGAUACGUAUUAACCCUGAAGAUGUUCUCGUCUCGCACUCUCAACACCGAAUGUACGAACUCCCAGAACCCUUUCGGAUUCCAUCUUUCCGACGGCGUAUUGCUGUCCUAUGCGGACGGAAACGAAUACGAGGACAUAGCGGCUUCGUGGGAUUGGGACCUUCUUCCUCUAAGCACGACCACAUACCGAGCAACACCGCUCGUUUGUGACAAGGCGCGAUGGAACGGUCUUCACGCCUUCGUCGGCGGUGCAUCAACCGGUUCAAUCGGCGCCGCUGCGAUGCGGUACACGAAUCCCGCGACCCGCGAACUCAGCUGGCAGAAAGCAGUAUUCUUUCUCGACGACGAUACGCAGUUAGUCAUGGUGGCCAAUGUGUCCUCCCAAACGACCAGCCCUGUCAUGACCGUCUUGGACCAACGACGGCGCACAGGUCCUGUCUUCAUCGAUGGCGCACCAGUCGGUUCGGAAACCGAGUACGCCGAUAGACCGCUAUCCGAAGCCCGUUCACUUUGGCAUGCUGGGACUGGGUACCUCUUCAACGGCACUUCAGCUUCUUCGAUGACGUUGGGACUGUCAAGCGGCCUUCGCACCGGAGAUUGGAGUACUAUCGGGAUCUCAAAGCAACCGCCCACAAAUGUGGACAUAUUUGCGGCGUGGAUCGAGCAUCGUAUGCUCUCCGAGCCGCUGUCUUUCGCCAUAUUCCCAGGAACAACGCGUCUCGAUUUCGAGCUCAAGAGCACCGCAAGAUAUCUGGAAGUUGUGCGCAAUGACGCAUCAAUAUCCGCAGUCCACGACCACGACCACGGCACCCUUUCUAUCGUUUUCUGGGACGCGGACGGUGGGCGCGUCGCGACGUCGGGUGGCGUGAGCGUCGGGAGCAGUGCCAACUCAGUCGUGGUUCUUUCGCCAAAGUCCAAGCAGCUUUGGGUCUCGGAUCCCUCGCAGCAGGUCGCCACACUAACAGUGGUUGUGCAGCUGGAGGCGGAUGGAACUGUGCAGACGUUCCAGAUCGAGCUGCCGUCUGGCAGAGAUGCAGGAAAGACCGCGUCCGUGAACUGGUGA